AUUUUCGAAUCAAAAUGGCGACAGACAGGGAGAUACAAUUCGCGUCUUUUAUAUUAAAAGAUUUCCAGCUACCGGAGGAAGCUUUAGAAUGUGUGCGCCAGUUUGGUGGGAAGCGCCUCGUCGAAGUCUCCCGGGACGAUUUUUUUCCGCUCUUGGCCGAGUCCUCCCCCGGUGAAGAAAAUAAAUUGUGGAAUGUGGAAGAAAUUUUCCGCAGGGUAGCGGAGUGGCGACAAAAACAGGUAGCCAUCGAAAGCUUGUCACCAGAAAUUCAGCGGUUUAUAAUACAACCUGAUGAAAAAUCACAGGAGCAGAAAACGUUCAACAAUCAAAGGCAGGAGGAAUCUUUACCCUAUGAACAGGCCCCGACAAGCGAUGAACGAGGUAGUCUUGGAGCCAAGAUGUUUCGUGAAAGAUUUGGUCAAGAUUUCCACGCAUCGGAAAGCUACAAGGUUGCGGAGAAAACAUAA